UAUCAUUCCCAGUCCCUGCCUCGUAUUUGCAGUGCCGUGCCCGUUCCUGCUUCACAUUGAUAAUCCCUCUCUCCAUACCCGGUCCCUUUUCCCAUUCCUUGUCCCUGUCCCCAUUCCCUCUCUGCAUUCCCUGUCCCCAUUCCCGCUCCCUGUCCCCUCUCAGCGGAAUCCGCCGCCAUCGCUCCGGCUCCUCCCUCGCCACUGACGUCACCGGGGAAGCCCUGAGCUUCUCCUGCCCACCAAUCACAGCGCGCGAUUUCUCCUCGAUUUGCAUAACCACGCCCUGUAUCUCGGUGCCGCAUAGCGCCCUCUGCAGCCGCAUCCGGGCGCUGUUUGCUCCCAGUUCCCUCCCAGUGCUCCCAGUAAGAGCAAUACUGGGAGGGAAAGCGCUCCCAACUCCUUCCCGCUGGUCCCAGGAUCGCUCCCCGUGCCGCGCACGGCGGGGCCACUUUGGAACACCCCGAGGGCAGAGCGCGCCUGCUUUUGGGUGUCGGCACCGCCAGGGCCGGGCUGGGAGGGGAGGAGGAGCGGGAGGAAGAGGAAAGGCAGGAGCCGCAGGAACAGGAGGAGCGGGAAAAGGAGGGACAGAGGAAAAGAAAGAAGAGGAGCGGGAGGAAGAGGAGGAGCAGCACGAGCAGCAGCACGCGGUUCUCCCGCCAGCCCGCUCAGGCCGCUGCUCCCCCGGCUCCGGCAGAAUCGCCACGCCAGGAACCCGCAGGUGAGCGGGGAGGGGGAGCUCGCCCCAAAUCCGUCGAGGCGGAUCUGGGGGAGGUUUUUUCUAGUAAGGAAGGGAUUGCUUGGAUUUUGCAGGACCCCAAAGCCGAACCAGAGAUGGCCCUGGAGGGAUCUUGGCAGGUCCCACGUGGCGAUCGCCCGUUAGCGGCGGGCAGAGCCCGGAGAUGAGCGGGGUCCGGGCCCCCCGGGGCUGAAAGGGGCGCUGACUUCUGCAGCUGCACUUGGGCAGCGGCACCAUCAAACCCAACGCGCUCAGCGCUUGUUUUACCCCAAAGCAGGAUUUCCCAUUGGCAAACCUGGGCCCGAUGGAGAAGGAGGAGGAGGGCGCGGCGAGGAAGAUGUCCCGGGAGCCACAGGCAGAGACUGAUCUGAGCAUGGAGCCCGGGGAGGACAAAUCCUGGCAACAGAACCUCAUGGAACAGGGCAUUUUGAGCGGCUCCACGGCGCAGGAAUCCAGUAAGGAAGAAAAGCCCCGAACGUGCCGCACAAGGACGGGCUGCAAACGCAAAUCUCGAGCAUCUGAUGAGGAAAGAUCUACUCUGGCCCGGGGAGGUGGUGGGAUCUCAGAGCUGGAGGCCCCUGAACAGCCUCAGGGUGAGGAGAAGCCCCACAAGUGCUCAAAAUGUGGGAAGAGCUUCAGGUGGAGAUCCGAACUGAUCCACCACUAGAGAAUCCACACCGGGGAGAGGCCCUACGAGUGUGACCAAUGCAAGAAGAGGUUUCCCACCAGCUCCCAGCUACCUGUGCACCAGCGGAUUCAAGCGGAUGAGAGGCCCUUCCGCUGCCCCAAAUGCAGGAUGAGCUUCCAGCGAAAUGCCCACCUCGUCAUGCAGCAGCGCAUCCACACCAGGGAGAGGCCCUACGAGUGUCCCCAGUGUGGGAAGAGGUUCUCCAGGAGCUCUCACUUGACCCAACAGCAACGGAGCCAGCACUGAAGGAAGCCCUGCGAGUGCCCUGAGUUCAGGAAGACCUUCGUGCGCUGUUCCAGCUCCAUCCCCCAUGGGAGGAUCCCCUCUGGAUGAUCCCCAGUGACCCCCGGUGGGCAGAGCCCCGGUGAUCUGUGGUGCCAGUGAUCCGUGUUGGGCAGACACCUGGCUGGGGGGCUCCACAUCCUCCUGGCUCCCUGUAGCCUGGAUUUCUUUUUCAUUUCUCUUUAUCUUUCAAAACCCUCAAAAAUGGGGUAAAAAUAA